UAACUAGGAAAUAAAAACAGUAGAGCCAGAGGAAAAGGAAUAGUUAAUUGUGGAGGAGGAGAAAAUUCAGCUCGGUUCUUUGACUAGAGGCAGCUGGGAAAGUGACGUCCUGUGUAGCAUUUGCUGUUCUAGAAAGUACAGAGACACGUAGUGAGAAUGGGAGGAUCUAGAAGGAGGCCGUCACCUGUGUAGUGUAUAUUUAUCUGUAAGUGAGCUGUUUGGGAAGGAAUUAAAUACAGAGACGCUGUCUGCUCACUGCUUUAAGACAGCUAGCCGAAUAGCUGAUUUGCUUUAACUUUUAAAAUACCCAGCUUGGUUUAUUUUUCUUAGAAUUGGUGUAUUGCUAAGACUAGGGACGCUGUUUUCUUUUACAAAGGGAAAUCUAAGUUCAUUUCAAGAAAUUCGAAAUGGGGAAAGACUAUUAUCACAUUUUGGGAAUUGAAAAAGGAGCUUCAGAUGAAGAUAUUAAAAAGGCUUACCGAAAACAAGCCCUCAAAUUUCAUCCGGACAAGAACAAAUCUCCUCAGGCAGAGGAAAAAUUUAAAGAGGUCGCAGAAGCUUAUGAAGUAUUGAGUGAUCCUAAAAAGAGAGAAAUAUAUGACCAGUUUGGGGAGGAAGGGUUGAAGGGAGGAGCAGGAGGCACUGAUGGACAAGGGGGCACCUUCCGGUAUACCUUCCAUGGUGAUCCUCAUGCCACAUUUGCAGCAUUUUUUGGAGGGUCCAACCCCUUCGAAAUCUUUUUUGGAAGACGCAUGGGUGGUGGCAGAGAUACUGAAGAAAUGGAAAUAGAUGGAGAUCCUUUUAGUGCCUUUGGAUUCAGCAUGAAUGGAUAUCCAAGAGACAGGAAUUCUGUGGGGCCAUCCCGACUCAAACAAGACCCUCCAGUUAUUCAUGAACUUAGAGUGUCACUUGAAGAGAUAUAUAAUGGUUGUACCAAACGCAUGAAGAUCUCUCGAAAAAGGCUAAACUCUGAUGGAAGGAGCUAUAGAUCUGAGGACAAAAUACUUACCAUUGAGAUUAAAAAAGGAUGGAAAGAAGGCACAAAAAUUACUUUUCCAAGGGAAGGAGAUGAAACACCAAAUAGUAUUCCAGCAGACAUUGUUUUUAUCAUUAAAGACAAAGAUCACCCCAAAUUUAAAAGGGAUGGAUCAAAUAUAAUUUAUACUGCUAAAAUUAGUUUACGAGAGGCAUUGUGUGGCUGUUCAGUUAAUGUGCCAACAAUAGAUGGAAGAAACAUACCUAUGUCAAUAAAUGAUAUUGUGAAACCUGGAAUGAGGAGAAGAAUUAUUGGAUAUGGGCUGCCAUUUCCAAAAAAUCCUGACCAACGCGGUGACCUUCUAAUAGAAUUUGAGGUGUCCUUCCCAGAUACUAUAUCCUCAUCAUCCAAAGAAGUACUUAGGAAACAUCUUCCUGCCUCAUAGAAUGAAGAACUUUGUUACCCAUAUUUUGAUAAGGCACUGAAAAUGUAACAGGACUGGCAGUUUACUGAUGUAGAUGUGAAUUCUGUAUAAAGACGUGUAAAUUCUUUUGAGGGUUCAUUAAAUUGCAUGAAUAGAGACGGGUCAAAUAAAUAGGCAAAAGGAUUUUUACAGUUAGAGAUGAAGAGAAAGUCACUCACUGUAUUUUAUUUCAUUCCUCUCAAAUCAGAAAUUUUUAGUAUUUUGCUUAUAUGUAAAAGUUGUUUUUGUGAAGUCAGCAGAUGUAUUUCUAAUAAAGUACUAGACUAUCCAAGUACUUUAUUUCUUGUAUCUUUAGAUGAUCAGUAUGAAAGAUUCCCAUUUGUAAUGGAAAUUAAAAUUGUUAACUACACAUGUAGUUAUUUCUAGAAGAGGAUAAAAACCCAAGUAAUUUGAAAAUGUAGUUUUUAUAUUUAAAUCAUCUGAAAUGCUGCUAUAGGGCUGGUACCAGUAAAAGAAUAUUCUGAUGCAUAUGUUUCACCACUUUGAUUUUUCAAGUAUGCUAUAGCAUUUCUUAAUAACAUAGUUGUAAGGUUCUUGAGGCAGACCUUUUCUUCAUCAAAACAAAAUUAUUGGCAAUUUAUCUCCUGUGGAAAUCCCAGUUGCCUGAAUUACUCAUAUUUCAGAAAUAGACCAUUUUUAAAAUACCAUAUGUAAUUUUAUGCAAGUUAACUAUAUAUCUUGGACUUAAUAACUUAUAGGCUCAUUUUGUUGUCUCCUGGUUUAAAAUAAUUUGUUUAAUAAUAAAUGUGUUUUUAGAGGAAAUACUGUUACUUGGAAUUAAUUUUCCAAUUAUACAGUCUUCUAUAACUUACUCAUAAUAUGCUAUAUGUAUCUUAUGCAAUUUCCCUAAAGAGAAUAAACUAUCACUACACUAUGGUGUUAAACCAAAAUAUGGGGAAAAUAAACACUAACUGCUGCUUAUGGAUAAUGUUGCUACUACUUGUAAUGCAUAUAAAUAUUUUACUUUUUCAUAUGUAUAGAUUGCAUUUCUUAGGUGUUUUAAUUUUUUAAAUAUAUUUACAUUUUAAAAAUU